UGGUGCUGGUUUGCUUAGGGAGUACGUGACAUGGGAAAACAUAGUCUGGCUUUAAGCACAGACUAAAAGGAGCUCAUUGACAACUUUUGAUUUGCAUGCGAGCAGAUCUUUAAAGCUUGGAAGGGAAAGGAAUUGGCAGUUUUUGCUGUGAUCCUCAAUUCCUAAUGUCUUGAGAAUAACAAAGGAGUCUAAAGACUGAAGUCCACUUGAACAGUUGGAGAAGUGGAUUAUGGCGAAGAAGAACAGUCACAAGGAUACGUCAGGGGUGGAGUUUGACACGCACUCCAAAAUGGUCAUGUCCCAAGGAGGAACAUUUGAAAGGAUGAAAGAAAAGAUCAACGCAGUGAGAGCGGUGGUUCCUAACAAGAGCAAUAACGAGAUCGCCCUGGUCCUGCAGCACUUUGAGAACAGUGUAGAUCGGGCCGUGCAGGCUUUUGUCGAAGGCAGUGCAGUAGAGAUCCUGAAGGAAUGGAAUGUCACCGGUAAAAAGAAGCCUAAGAAGAAAAAGAAGCCCAAACCCCAGCCAGAAGCCCCGGUAGAUCCUGCCCCAUCUGAAUCUGUCUCGUCCCCUGAGACGGCAUGUGCAGGGGCUGUUAAUGGUUUCCAUGCCAACGGUUCAGCUGGUGCUGAUGGUGAGUCUCUGGACUCGUUGAGCGAACAGCUGGACUCGGCCUCGUUGGACGCAGCCGAGCUGGAGUUGGAACCUGCUAUGCCUGAGAUCUCUGUCACAGGAGGAGAAGCAGAAUCUCAGAAAAGCUUAGCCCCAGCCUCAUCCCAGCAACGCACCACUAACGGAGCUCGACAGAAUCAACACAGUCGAGGCAACAAAUCCCGCCAGAGACCUUCUACCAGUUCUCACAAUGCUCCUCUUUUUCCACCCGAUGACGGCCAACACGGUUCCUCAGCCAAAAAGAUUGCAUCGAACAUUGACCGCUCAGUGAAGGAUCUCCAGCGGUGUACAGCAUCUCUGACACGAUAUAGAGUGGUAGUAAAGGAGGAGAUGGAUUCCUCCAUCAAGAAGAUGAAGCAGACCUUUGCUGAGCUACAGAGCUGUCUUAUGGAUCGAGAGGUGGCUCUGAUGGCUGAGAUGGAUAAAGUCAAAGCAGAAGCCAUGUCCAUCCUGGAUAAGCGUCAGAAGCGAGCGGAGGUGUUGAAGAGACUCACUGACAAGUCUGCCUCAAUGUCUGAAGAACAGCUGUCAGAACUCCGUGCCGAUAUCAAGCAUUUUGUGAGCGAGAGGAAGUACGACGAGGAUCUUGGAAAAGCUGUUAAGUUCACGUACGAACUUGAGCCUCUUAAAUCCAGCAUCAUGGCCUUUGGAUCAGUGUAUCAUCCGCAGACUGGCUACUCCAAUCGCUCUCGCUGUAAUUCCACUUCUUCUUCUGUCACUGGCUCUGCCUCUGUAGAAGCCUCUGCUCCACCUCAAGCUCAGACCCAGGCCUCUGGUUACACAAGUCGCCCCAACGUCCCCCACAAACAGGUGUUCCAGGGUAACAGACGUAUAUUUCAGAGUUUUCCGGGUCAGCGCCAUAACGGUAGCUCCUACUACGACCGCAAUUCCAACCGAAACAUCUACCGCUAUUCCGGAGAUCAGCGACACCAGAGUGAUCGGAGCCAAGGCGAACCCUCCAACUCGCAGUUUUCAAACAGCACGAAAGGCCCCGUCCACCCCACUGUGUUGUCCUACCAGCAAGACCGUCCUGCCCAAAAUGGGCUGCCACAGAGGCAACCUCGGACACCCCCAAAAAACCCCUGACACACACCCUAAAUGCCCUGGACCCAUGUUCCAGUUCACUAUCCUUUCCCAUUUCCCUCCCUUACUGUGCAUCCUUCAUUCAUACUCUAUCCACAUCCAUCACCUCCCUUAAAGCCCCACAUCCUUGUUAGCUCAGUUUUUCCAUACACAUGAAGAAGAAAAUUCAAAGUUUACAUUUUUUUUUUUUUUUUGCCACCUCUUACUCCCAACACCCCUCCCUCCCCCUAUGUCCACUUGAUUUGUUCACUUGUCCCUUUAUCUCUUACGCCUUCGUUCAGUCAUAUUCCAUGUUAAACCUAAUAUGAAUGUUCCUCAGAUUAUUCAAAGAUUUUUUUUUAAUGGCAGUUUCUGUUGUUCUUUCUUUAAGACUUUUGUUAAUUUUUGUUUUUCCUCAUUUGGGAGAGACCUAUGAUACUUUAUUUCAGUAAAGCUGCUAAGAGCUUUCACUGAUUGAAUCUUGUUUAGUUCUAGUUUGUAAACAUGUAGUGCACUAUUCAGAUUUCUUUCUUUUAGCUUUAGUUUGUAUUACAUUUUCCAAUCGUUUUCUUUCUAUCACUUUUUAUAUAGUGCGCUAAUCAUAUUUCAAGCUUUCAAGCUUUAAUAUAUCAUCUGUUCUUAAAAUAGAACAUCUAUUCGUUUCUUUUUUUUUUUCUCUUGCUUUCGAUGCUUUUUUUUUCCUUGAUUAAAAUUGAAAAGUAUGGUGUUUAGCUGAUGGGCUAAUAGAUUUUUACAUUGAUUCUGAAGUCAGAUGUUAAUUCCAGUGUUGAAGGGUAGAUAUGGUUGUAAAAAAAAAAAAGAAAAAAAGAAAUUGAAACGUGACCCUUAGUCUCUGUAGAAAUUAUGAAGAAGUGCUGAUGACUGAAUUGAUGUAUUGACUGUCCAUGGGGCUAAAUGUUCUGAUCACGGUCUUGCAACCUUAAUGGCCAUGCCUUUUUAUUUAUUUAUUUUUGGCUUUUGAUUGGUUCUCCCUCAGAGUGCUGUGCACUGUUUCACAGCCUUGAUCACCAUUUCACCUCUAUUUAAAGGCCACAGUGGGUGCAGAGGUUAGACCUGUCUGCCCUUUCCAUUCUUCCACAGUAUGUCUGCAUUUAAUAUACCUGCCUUUGAUCACAGAACAACCUCACUUUAGUCUUUAUAUGAAGUGACUGUGUGUGCAUACAUAUGUACUGCUAAUUCUUUCACAAAUACAUAUGCUGUAUUACUAUCAGUCUACACUUGUACCAAGUAAAGGAAUACUCGGCUGUUUGUUUCUCA